AUGCGUCGGAUCACAACCGCCCUUGUGCUUUGUCUGAGCACGUCCGUCGCUGCCGACGUCACGCUCUUCCCGAUCCCGUUCUACCGCGGCGACGCCGUCGUGGCCACGACCAACGUCGCCAACACGGGCGACGCGUGGGUCCCGGUGCAGUCGCUGGCACUGUCGUCUGCCAAUGUCGAGUUUGUCGCGUAUGCCUUGCCCAACUACGAGGGCCCGUCGACCGUGUGGCGCCGCAACACGAGCUUCGUCAACAGUAGCGCGACGCCGAUCGCCUCGUACCAAGUGCGUCCGCGGACGGCGGCAACGUCUCUCAACACCACAGCGAACAGCAGCAGCAGCGUGACGCUAUGGAGCUACGUGCCAGUGAGCGACGGCCGGUCCACGUACUACUACAUGGUGCGCAACUCGAGCACGAGCGCAGGCAACCCCGAGUGUCUCUCGACCGGCGGCGUCAACUGCGACAAGCAAACGUCGCUGGCCUCGGCCGUGUACCUUGUCCGAAGCGUCGGCGACGCACUGCAGUGCGGCCCGGCGUCCGGCGUCGUGGCCGGGACACCGUGGAGCGAAGACCCGACCUCGAUCUGCGCCGCCGCCCGCAUCGCCUUGCGAGAAAGCCACGACGACCGUCCUCUCUGGAAGUGCAUGGGUGGCACCGCUGGCGUCGUCGGCCUCGUCCUCAGCAACAGCUCGAGCGCGAUGGAGUGCGUGCGCGACGUGCCGGCCUCGACGCGCCGCUGCACGACGUUUGCCAACCAAAAGGAGUGCAACACGGCGCUUACCCACCUCAUCGGGAACGUGACGGGCCUCGCGACGACAGUCUGCGGGGACCCCACCUCCUGCCUCUCGGCCCGGCCGUCGACGGCGCCGUUUACUGCGAUGCCCGCCCGCCAAGGCGACGCGCUCUCGUGGCAGGCGGGGGCUGUCUUUGGGGCCACGGGCGUGCUCGCGAUCCUCGGCCUCUCGUAUGUCUUUGGCCCGCGCCGCACGGAGCCAAACGUCAACAUUGAGGCCACGUGCACGUCGAGCUGCGCCGACGACGAGCCCAACGAGACACGCUACGUCGCGACCGUCUAAGCCGGCGUCGGCUCUCUGUUGUUGCGUAACUUAUCCUCUUCUAUGUUAUAAUCAAGCGUACAGUUAGUUAGUGC